AUGAAGCUGUUUACACUCAUCACUCUCUUGGGCCCGGCUGUGACAGCUUUGACGGCGGGACACGGGCAUUUGCAUCAUAGAUUUCCCAAACGCACCAACACGACACAGACGACGACACAGGCGGACAACGCUACAGCAUACGACUAUGUUGUCGUCGGUAGUGGCCCUGGAGGAGGCCCUCUAGCAUCAAGACUGGCAAUUGCGGGCUACAAAGUCCUCUUGAUUGACGCUGGAGACGACGAUGGGGAUGCAAUCUUUCAACAGGUCCCAGCAUUGCAGCUGCAAGCCACAGAAUACGAGCCAAUGCGGUGGGAUUACUUUGUCAACCAUUAUGAGGAUGAAGCACGGCAAGAACAGGACUCCAAAAUGGUUUGGGAGACGCCGUCGGGUGACCACUAUGUCGGAAACAGCCCUCCACCUGGUUCAUCGCCUUUGGGAAUCUGGUAUCCACGUACCGGAACUCUGGGAGGCUGUUCGGCACACAAUGCGAUGAUUACCAUCUACCCUCAUGAGAGCGACUGGGACAACAUCGCUUCCAUAACCGGCGACGAUUCUUGGAAUGCGGGGAAUAUGCGCCAAUAUAUGGAACGGCUAGAACGCAGCAGGUAUCUCCCGAACGGUGUCGUUGGUCACGGGUUCAAUGGCUGGCUGGAGACUAGCCUGACGGAAUUGUCGCUUGCUGUGGAGGACCAGAAGCUCUUGUCGCUCAUUAUCGCCGCGGGGACGGCGAUGGGCCAGGGCCUUCUCGGGAAAGUCAUCAACACAGUGACGGGGCUGGCGGAGAUCUUACUACGCGAUAUCAAUGCAGACACCCCCACCAGAGACUCUCAGGAGGGACUUUACCAGGUCCCAAUAGCCGUCACCGAGGUCUCAAAGAAACGUAACGGCCCUCGCGACUUUAUCCUCGACACCGCGAACGCAGUCAAUGCGGACGGAUCACGCAAAUACCAUCUCGACAUCAAGCUCAACACGUUGGUUUCGAAGGUACGUUUCGAUACCUCCGGAACCAAGCCAAAAGCGGUCGGUGUCGACUUCCUCGAAGGACCCAGUCUCUACCGCGCCGACCCUCGUGCUGGCACAGCAUCCGGGGGCACCCCGGGUCAUGUAAACGCCACCCGUGAAGUGAUCAUCUCUGCUGGUGCCUUCAACACGCCGCAAUUGCUCAAGCUCUCCGGUAUAGGCCCCGCUUCAGAGCUGUCCCAGUUCGAUAUCCCCGUUGUCGUCGACUUACCCGGAGUGGGCACGAACUUGCAAGAUCGAUACGAAACCACCGUGGUAGGAGACAGCAACACCGACUUUCUCAUCACCAAGUACUGUACCUUCCUCCGCACGACUCCCGACCCAUGCUUGGAACAAUGGCAAAACCUUCCCGGACCAUCACUCAAGGGCACCUACGCCACCAACGGCAUUGCCAUUGCCGUGGUUAAGAAGUCCUCCGUCGCAGAAGGUGACCCUGAUCUCUUGAUCUCUGGCGCGCCCGCCUUCUUCACGGGCUACCACCCAGGCUACGCCAACGAAUCUUUGAAAGAUGCCCAUCAUUGGUCGUGGAUCGUCCUCAAAGCCCAUUCGCGAAACAACGCCGGGACAGUCACCCUACGCUCCACCGACCCCCGCGACACUCCCAUCAUCAACUUCAACUAUUUUGACACGGGGAACACGGCCGACGGCGCAGAUGAAAAGGACCUCCAAGCCACCUACGAGGGCAUGCAACUGUCGCGCGAGAUGUUCAAGGAUUAUAUUCCUCUCCAGGGCGACUUUGAGGAAGUCUGGCCGGCAGAUAAUGCCACGACAGAGGCGGAGAUGAAGGAAUGGAUUAAAAAGGAGGCAUGGGGGCAUCAUGCCAGCUGCACCUGCCCUAUUGGUGCUGAUGAUGAUGAGGCUGCAGUGUUGGAUUCGAAGUUCCGCGUUCGAGGCGUUGAUGGGCUGAGAGUCGUCGAUGCAAGUGUCUUCCCCAAAAUCCCCGGCUUCUAUAUCGUAUUACCGACCUACAUGAUCAGCGAGAAAGGCGCAGAUGCUGUUUUAGAAGAUGCUGUGAGCGUAUGA